AUGGAGAAAUUGAACCAGGAGUACCUGGCCGCACGCUUUGCUGCAGUAAGUCUGCACCUGGCCUUGACAGUCAACGUUCUACAGGCUCGGCCGGAUCACAUCCUUGCAGCCCUGAGUGGCUCCUGUGUGCAGCAGGCACUCCGGAUGCCAGCAGCUUGUCGCCAGGGCAACUGCGUCAUCUUGGAUGAGUUAUCUGCAGGCUGCCGCGACUCCUGGCAGGCCUCGGAGUCCAUCUUUUACAGGGAGCUUUCUGCUUCCAUUGCCUUCCUGGUUGUGGAGCUUGUCUCAAUGCUGACUGCAGUCCAUUGCUCACAGCAGGAGGCACUGAACUUCUUCGGUGCGAUGCUGCACUUGGGCGGCUCUUUGGUGCUAGUCUUGUUCUUGGUGAUGCAGGCUUCCUACGCCUAUUUCCACGCCGUCUUUGCAGUCUGCUAUGUGUUGCCCUUCCUGGGCGAGCUGAAUACCUGGUUGGCCAUCGUGCGCGGUGCCUAUGUGAAGCGGUUUCCGCCGCCUGAGACCAGUAGCUGA